AUGGCUCCCACUGAGCUGUUCAAUCGGCUGAAGGAAACCUAUUUUGGCCAUGAGGAAAAAGACCAGCCUGUUAUCUCUCCCACCACGGCAACCGCUCUCUCUAUCGCCGUUACACUUUUCUACGUCGUCCCAUUCUAUCUGUCAAGGGCGACCCGACCGUCGCCCUCUCUCAAUCGGGAUGCCCCUUCAGUCAUCCGAGCUCGCAUUCAGACCGUCACCUUGGCCUGUGUCGUCUCUUCUAUAGCGACCCUCUAUUUACUUGUUGUGACAGCCAAACUGACACCCAUCCACUCGCUCCACUUCCUUGGCUGUUGGCCCCUCUCAAUUCUCGAUCUGGUCAAGUCUUGUGCAUUGACACUCUUCCUCUACCUUGGACCCUUGUUUGAAAGGAUCUGGAUUGAACAGGAUCUGUCCGACUUUCAUGGCGGUCGAAAGGUAGUCGAGAGUUUGAGCAGUUGGCAAGGUUACCGCAACUUUGUCGCUGGCCCCGUCACUGAAGAGGUCAUCUUUCGUUCGGUCUUGGUUCCUCUGCACCUCCUAGCCAAGAUCUCGCCUACCAAAAUCGUCUUCCUGACACCCUUGUACUUUGGCAUCGCCCAUGUGCAUCAUUUCUACGAAUUCACAUUGACCCAUCCUCACACCCCGUUAUUGCCCGCACUAUUACGGUCGUUCUUCCAAUUUGGAUAUACCACCCUGUUCGGCUGGUUUGCCGAUUUCAUCUUUCUUCGGACCGGAUCUCUAUAUGCAUGUAUCAUUAUCCACUCUUUCUGCAAUUGGGUUGGUCUACCUCGGUUUUGGGGCCGAGUGAAACGCAGGGAACAGCAUCCUCUCUCCCCGGUCGCCAUCAGGGGCAAAGAUGAUACCGAUGCAAUCCAUGCACGUGGUGGAGAUGGUGAACUAGGUCUGAAGUGGACAAUAGCUUAUUACACCUUGCUAUUGACUGGGGUAUAUCUGUUUUAUACUGGGUUGUGGCCCUUGACCAUGUCGGACGCUGCUCUAGCCAAAUUCUCCAGCCGUGUGACGGUGAAAGAGACUAAACGUUGGUUCUCAUAG